AUGGCCGAACCAACCGAAAGGGUUAACACCGAGCGUGCCGCUACUCGACGCCGGAGCUCGCGAAUCUCCCGAGCCUCGUUGAGUGGUGACUGGUCUAACCUCGACGAAUACGGCAAGCUUGUCAAGUACGUGUCCACUUUCAAGGAUGCCAACGCCGGCGAUGAAGAGCCGGGAGAGAUCGUAGAGAAGCGAAUGUGGUAUGCCCCGUGGAAGAAACGCAAGGUGCGGAUGAAGAAGCUUGAAGGCCAAACUGGCAAGUAUCCAGAUGAAUGGAAGAUCACCGAUAUCCGGGAAGGUCUUUCGAGCGAAGAAAUUCCUUUGCGUCGUCGUCGAGCUGGGUGGAAUGAGUUGACGUCCGAGAAGGAGAAUCCGAUUGCAAAGAUUCUAUCAUACUUCCAAGGUCCAAUUCUUUAUGUGAUGGAGCUGGCUGUUUUGCUUGCCGGUGGUCUUGAAGACUGGGUCGACUUUGGUGUGAUUAUCGGAAUUCUUUGUUUGAAUGCAGCAGUUGGUUGGUAUCAAGAGAAGCAGGCUGCAGAUGUGGUUGCGAGUCUCAAGGGAGAUAUUGCUCUGCGAGCUCAGGUUAUACGGGACAGUGCUCAACAAGAGUGCCUUGCACGAGAGUUGGUUCCUGGCGAUGUGGUCAUCAUCGGCGAGGGCCAGGUAGUGCCCGCUGAUUGCAGAGUCAUCUGUGAUUUCAAGGAUUCCCACGGCUGGGAAGAGUUCAAUCAGCUUGAGGAGCAAGGCAUGCUUGGCGGUGGCUCGGAUUCCGACGAUGAUGACCCCACCAAAGGUGAAAAAGAGGAUCAUGGUGAUGGAAAAGCAGCGGAAGCAGACGGCCAUGACGAGGAUGGCGAAGAAAAGCCGGCAGUCCAGCCUCGCAGGCGCGGCUACCCUAUCCUGGCGUGUGAUCAUUCCGCCAUAACGGGAGAGUCUCUCGCUGUGGAUCGAUACAUGGGAGAUAUGAUCUUCUAUACAACUGGUUGCAAGCGCGGCAAAGCUUUUGCAGUUGUCCAAACUGGCGCAAAAACCUCGUUCGUUGGCCGCACUGCGACUAUGGUGCAAUCGGCCAAGGGCGCGGGCCAUUUCGAGCUCGUUAUGGACAACAUUGGCACAAGCCUGUUGGUACUGGUGAUGGCUUGGAUUCUUGUGGCAUGGAUUGGGGGAUUCUUCCGACAUAUCCCAAUUGCGUCGCCUCGCCAGCAAACACUGCUUCAUUAUACCCUCUCACUGUUGAUUGUUGGUGUUCCAGUCGGUCUGCCGGUUGUGACGACCACCACUAUGGCUGUGGGUGCUGCGUAUCUGGCCAAAAAGAAAGCCAUCGUCCAGAAGUUGACAGCGAUUGAAUCGCUAGCUGGCGUCGAUAUACUUUGUUCAGAUAAAACGGGCACGCUGACAGCCAACAAACUGAGCAUUCGUGAUCCCUACGUUGCGGAAGGCGUCGACGUCGACUGGAUGUUUGCAGUUGCUGCACUUGCUUCCUCACACAAUAUCGAGUCAUUGGAUCCAAUCGACAAAGUCACUGUUUUGACACUACGCCAAUAUCCAAGAGCUCGGGAGAUCAUGCGUCGUGGCUGGAAAACAGAGAAGUUUACACCUUUUGACCCUGUUUCCAAACGAAUUGUGACAGUAGCAACCUGUGAUGGGAUUCGGUAUACUUGCACAAAAGGUGCACCUAAAGCGGUGCUACAAUUGACCAGCUGUUCGCAAGAGACUGCUGAUUUAUACAAAGCAAAAGCGCAAGAGUUUGCGCACCGAGGCUUCCGCUCCCUGGGUGUGGCUGUCCAAAAGGAAGGCGAAGAUUGGGCUUUGCUUGGGAUGCUGCCAAUGUUUGACCCACCUCGUGAGGACACUGCUCAAACGAUCAGCGAAGCGCAGAAUCUUGGUAUCAGCGUGAAGAUGUUGACGGGUGAUGCUAUUGCCAUUGCGAAAGAAACAUGCCAAAUGCUCGCCCUGGGCACCAAGGUCUACAACUCGGACAAAUUAAUACACGGUGGAUUGAGCGGAGCUAUGGCUAGUGACCUUGUCGAGAAGGCAGAUGGGUUUGCGGAAGUCUUCCCGGAGCAUAAAUACCAAGUUGUGCAAAUGCUUCAAGAACGAGGCCAUCUCACCGCGAUGACAGGCGAUGGUGUGAAUGAUGCACCCUCUCUCAAAAAGGCUGACUGCGGAAUUGCCGUCGAAGGCGCUUCCGAAGCUGCUCAAUCCGCAUCUGACAUUGUUUUUCUCGAGCCUGGACUGUCGACAAUCAUUGACUCGAUCAAGGUUGCACGGCAAAUCUUCCACCGCAUGAAGGCUUACAUCCAGUAUCGUAUUGCACUCUGUUUGCACCUGGAAAUAUACCUCGUGACCUCAAUGCUUAUUCUCAACGAGAGCAUUCGAGUCGAGCUGAUCGUCUUCCUGGCAUUGUUUGCAGAUCUUGCAACGGUUGCUGUUGCUUAUGACAAUGCCUCGUUUGAGCUUCGCCCAGUGGAAUGGCAACUCCCGAAAAUCUGGUUCAUUUCCAGUCUGUUAGGUGUUCUACUCGCAUUGGGCACCUGGGUGGUGCGAGGCACGAUGUUCCUGAGAUCCGGAGGUAUCAUUCAAAACUGGGGUGCCAUCCAAGAAGUUCUGUUUUUGGAAGUGGCACUGACAGAGAAUUGGCUGAUAUUUGUCACUCGUGGUGCCGAUACCUGGCCUUCCAUUCACUUGGUCACUGCAAUUCUGGGUGUGGAUGUCCUGGCAACCAUCUUCUGCUUAUUCGGUUGGUUCUCUAACGAGAACAUGAAGACCAAGCCCGCCGAUAAGUUCGUUGAAACCACAAAUGGCUGGACAGACAUUGUGACUGUUGUACGCAUUUGGGGCUAUUCUCUCGGCGUGGAGAUUGUCAUCGCGUGUGUUUACUUCAUCUUGAACAAAAUAAAAUGGCUGGACAACCUGGGCCGAGUCCAGCGUGACAAGGGAGAGAUCAAGAUGGAGAAUUUCCUUGCCCAUUUGUCUCGCCUCACCAUUGAAUAUGAAGAACAUGGCGAGCAAAAGGGCCGGUUCUGCUUGGCUGCAAGCAAGGAGGAGGAGGAAGCUGAGUAG